CGGGCCAUCUCCGCAUCCCGAGCCUUUACCUAUCCAUGAUAACCCUCCAUCAGCAGAGAUAAAAUACCCGCAUCCUGACGCUGACGGGAGGGGAAAAUAUAUUAAUCUUACUCUUCGUCGCUUAUAAUUAGUACUGCUGUCGUCUGAACACCCCAACCCGCUCCCUGGUACUGUCACCAUGAUGUUGCCAUCAAGAGAUGAUAUCGCCAAAUUCAUCUCCAUCGCCCCAGAGGCUACUGAAGGGAAGGCCCUUAUCUUCUUGCAGGAGGCGAGCUCUUUAGAUGAGGCAAUCAAUCAGUUUUACGAGAAUCCCAACAGAUACCCCAAUAACGCGGUUGCUGGAAGGCCCGAUCCGAGGGUCCAAAGCGAUGUUACUGACGCGCAAGCACUACCCCCGUCAUAUGAUUCGCACAUCAGCUCCGUGCACAGAGCUGAACAUGCUCCCCACAAGAAUAUUGUCACUGAGGCUGGGGAUGUUCGAGCUCGGGAUGAGCAAGAGAUGCAAAACAUGCUUUUGGACAUUCAAAUAAAAUGCCAAAUCUACAAUACCGACAUUGAGCCGGAACACGAAUCCAGUGAAUACAUGGCCUGUACUUGCGAAGUCCAUCAAUACAGGCGGAGGAAAGCUGGACGCGUCGAUGUGCAGGAGAUGUGGUCCAAAGCAGUGAUGUAUCCCGGAGAGAAGGCUUAUCACGAUUGCUACCAGACGUCUGUUUUCUCUAAUAAUCCGUAUAUCCGGAUCCCCUCAGCAUAUGGUAUUGCCUACUCAGCCCUGCAACGUCCAGAUGCAACACGAUACACCAACUCCGUCCAGCAGACCAUUUCCCUGAAUGUGGCACUGAACAAGAAGGCGCAGGCCACAAUUGAUGCCAUGGAGCCACAAUGCGAUAUCUGGGCAUUAGAUGAACCGAACAAUGCCUCCGCUACCUCACGCCCCUUAGAAGACAGAACUGCUCCCACAGCAAGCAGCAUAGGACCAUUGAAAUCGUCCAAGUUCUCGAACUUUAGGAGGGCUCUGUCUAUCUCGUCAUUGCAAAAAUCAGGUUCCAAAACAGAGGAUAUGUUUACUCGCGCCCGGGAGCUCCGACGGGCGAUUCUGGAGGAGGAAAAUGGUCGCUGGCCAGACUUAGAGUGGCGAAAGAUCGUAGUCGCCUAUCAAGAAAAGGUGGGCAUGAAGCGGGAAGUUGCCGAACUACGAGCCAAACGCCCGAUCCAGUACCUGCACCUGCUUCGAGCAGGAUAUUUUGAACCAAUCCCAAUAGCUUGGGCAACUCGUGCUUCGAACCCCUUGAAAUUCCGCAUCGACGGACUUUCUGGGUGGAGAGGCAUUACUCCGGCUUGGAGAGGGUAUGAGAAUACGGCCGAGGAGCGUCUAUAUUGGGUCCUCAACCAUAGAGAGGGAAGCACGGGCCCUCGCAUGAAGCCCGACGUUAUAUCAGCCUUGGAAAUGGCUCGUGCGCGAAUGGCCAGUGCCGUUGAGCCACCCCCGGCAUACUACUCCAUGGAUGAUACCUUCCGCCUUCAGCGUUUGCCAGAAAGUUACUCUUUGCAGGUGAUGCCGCCUCCCUUUAUACCAUUUGACCAGCCCGAAACGGCUACCGAUAAUACUAUGAUCCUACUGGAUGUUUCAGGCUCGAUGGACUUUGACCCUCUUCGACCACUUUACACUCAAUACCUAGUAACAGGGUUCGCUCGUUCUAAUCAACCUAAAAACAAGGAUGUUGCCAAAGCAAUUAUCCGCCGUUUCACAGAUGCAAUGUCUAUCCAUGACCAGAAUCUUCAUGGCUACCAGCUCGUUACUUUUGCUAACAAGGCGGAUUAUAUCGGCUUUAUCAACCACUCGAACUUCAAUGAUAUGUGGAGAAAUGUCAAGUUAGGGGGAGGGACCCGCGUUAUGACAGGAUGGCAGAAAAUCAAGGAUUUGCAUUUCCAGAGACAUUCUGAAUCCGCUACCUACCACCCUGUUUAUGGCUGGCAAGCAGGUCCGCAAACACCAAUGCUGAGGUUGCUGCUUCUGCUUGACGGUGAAGCCACAGACAUGGACGAGUUUGAACUUGAUCUGCUAGGUCUCUCUUGGGUUCAUGUCACCAUUUUUCUGAUUGGCGUGGAUGGGUGUCCGCACCACCACCGGCAUGCUAACGAGCUGCAAAGGAUCAGCGAAGUGAAUCCACAUGUGUCAUUUGUGGAUGCGCAGGGUAAUGCGCCAGAGCGGUAUGUCACACAUGAGCUACUGAAGCGGCAUCUGGGGUAUGAUGUGCCAAUGGCCGAGUUUGAGCGACUGGAACAGUGGCCGGGAAAUGCAGAACCACCAGUAUAUGAAGCGUAACUUGGCAUCAUCAUCGUCAUCUCUAGUCAGAAUGAAUAAUUCCAUGCAAAUUAAAUAA